GAGAGAGAGAGAGAGAGAGAGAGAGAGAGAGAGAGAGAGAGAGAGAGAGAGAGAGAGUGGUACUGGGCCUUACGUACGUCAAAUAGGCCCCUCAAUAUGGAAUUUCUAAAAUACAUAUCGAUCUAACUAUUUACCGUCACACCUUUGACACCUUUCAGAUAUUAGAUAGAUCGUUUGUGAAGGAGGAUCAUUCUCCUAAAAAUAAGAGGGGAAAAAACCAAUGAUUCUGCUUCUUUUGCGCUGUGUAAUAAUGGAAACCGUGAUCCGUUCGCCCACAUAUUACCUGGAUGAGUUUCUUCGAAUAAAAUCAAGAUAUAUCUUAGACGUAAAUGUAUAUUUGAAUAAUUCCUAUUUCGAACUUUCCGGAAGUGUUGAUAUGGGUCACGGUGAAACGUUUCUCGGUAUGCCUAUUGCUCUCGCGUGUCUACCUUUGGAAAUCUGGAGCGAUCAUGUAAUCGUAGCGACUGAUGAAAUCGUUAUAACCAACGAUACGUUUCGUUUUUGGACGAGACAAUUGUUCAAAAAUAUAUAUAAAUAUAUAUCUACGAGAUUUUUUAAGCGGAAACAUAUAAGGCAGAAACUCCAACGAGAAGAACCGAGUGAAGGUCGUUAUUUGUGAAAUAAUAACAAGACGCUUUUAGAUGAAUCGUCCGCGUUGCGUUUGCGAUUAUCAAUUCAUUAGUAAUGGUUCAAGUAUAGCACAUAUACGAAUAAUAUUGCAAUUUUUAUGAGAGUGACGUUCCUAAUCUAUUAAAUUCUAGACUUGAAGCCAUCAUCUUGGAAGAAGAGAAAAAGCAAUUAUUGUCCGGUCCAGUUUUGGAACCGAGAAACUUUGCUUGCGAGACCAAUAUUUCAAAUAAUAAAAUCCAAGAGACAACUCGGGACGAAAAUAAAUGUUCCUAACAUUGAUAGCUUCGUGACCACGAACGUACAUCCGGAUUCAUUUAUGUUCUCUCAGUAAGCAAUAAACUUGACCUAAAAGAAAAGGAAAGUAAGAACAAGAGCGAUCGCUCUAACAUUUGGAAUAGCAUUUUUUAAACUAUAGGUUACGAGUCCCUAAUCAAUUGGUGCUUUGAUGAUAAUAGACAUUGGAUUGGAAUCGUAUAAUCAUCGAGAAAAAAUCGAUGAAAUUUUCGAUAAUAUCUCGAAACUUUUCAUGUUUCCCCAAAAGUCAGGAAAGCUCGGAGAAGAAGAAUCUGGAGCAAGAGGCAUAUAGCCUUGACGCAUAACCUUGCUCCGUGAACUUCGACGUCAUGGUCGAAAGUACAACUGGUACUUGUCCGUGCUCGAAUAAGUCAUGGCCCGUUAAGAUCGGAUCGUAGACUCCGAUCACUUUCUCCGACCGAUGGCCUGGUCGAGGACAGGCAAAGAGGAAGGCAGAAAAGAGGGAAGAAAUAAAUAAGAGGAAAAGAAGAAAUUAAUAGAUAAAAAAAAAAUAUCGAAAGCAGGUGGACCGAGAAAGAAGGAAAAGGAAGGUGAGUUUCAAUCACCAUCAUGAUCAAGACUAAUACAAACAUGGACAGAGUCAGGUGAGUCCACCUCCACCGUACUCGACCAACAGCCCCACCGCGUCUCCAAUUGCCACGACUUUCCGCUUUGGCUCCUUCCUUCUGUCCCCGGGGGAGGAUACGCGCCUAUAUAACUACGGCGUUCCACUGAUUGGACGAAGUAAGCCACGUUUUCCAGCGUCUAGGGAAGAAGAGAACGCAGCCCGAGUCCAACGGGCGGCACUCCAAGAAAUAUGAGGAUUCGCCCGGGAUGCGCGACUGCACUAGCAGUGCUACUGCAGAUCGUUCUUGUGGCGGGCAAGGCUUUGGAGCAAACGCAGCAAAUACAGUUACAAGUGCGGCAACAACAGCAACAACAACAACAACAACCGCAGCAAGUCCCGUACGGUACAGCGGCUGAGAAACGAUUGGCCGAUUGGAACGGAGAUGCCGGGGGUCAUUAUGGCGGAGAUGAUUAUGGUGGUAGUUUAGCUGGUGGAGAUUACGGUGGAGAUGUCGGAGGUGGUGGAGAUGACGUUGGGGGAGCGAUCGAGGAACACCACGUGCAAGAACAUCACGACGAUCAUCACGAUCAUGGGUACUGGAAAAAGAAAUUGAUUUGGAAAAUAGGUUGGAAGAAAAUUUGGAAACCAGCUCAAAAACAAAUUUGGAAACCUGCGUGGAAGAAGAUUUGGAAGCCUGUUUGGGAGCCGACAAAGAAAGCCGUUUGGAAGGAAAUCCAAGUACCAGCGUGGAAAAAGAUUUGGAAGCCAGUAUGGAAGGAGAUACAGGUGCCAGUGUGGAAAGAAAUUCAGGUACCUGCGUGGAAAAAAAUUUGGAAGCCUAUAUGGGUGCCUAUCAAAGUUCCAGCUUGGAAAGAGAUUCAAGUGCCCGAUUGGAAGAAGAUUUGGAAACCCGUGUGGAAGGAGAUAAAGGUGCCAGCUUGGAAGGAAAUUCAAAUACCGGCGUGGAAGAAACUUUGGAUACCGGAAUGGGUGAAGAUCGGUAUACCCGGUGAACAUUAUCACGGUACGGACCAUCAUGGCUGGCAAUAUACCAGUCACGAUUUGUGGAAAAAGAAACUGAUCUGGAAACCGGUAUGGAAAAAAUAUUGGAAACCGGCGAAGAAACAAAUAUGGAUACCGGACAAGAAGCUCGAGUGGAAGGAAGCAUGGAAGCAGAUUUGGCGACCUGCCAAGAAACAAAUCUGGGUCGAGGACAAGAAGCUCGCGUGGAAGGAAGAAUGGAAACAGAUAUGGAAGCCGGACAAGAAGUUGAUUUGGGUGCCGGACAAAAAGUUGGAAUGGAAGGAAGCUUGGAAGCAGAUUUGGAAAACGGAAAAGAAACUCGAAUGGAUACCGGAUAAGAAAUUAGCUUGGAAGGAAGCAUGGAAGCAGAUUUGGGUACCAGCUUGGAAAGAAAUUUGGGUGCCCGCCUGGAAGAAGAUAUGGAAACCGGUAUGGAUAUCGGAAUGGUUCCCUAACGAGGAUCACCAUCAUCAUCAGGGAUGGGCCGAUCGAAAGGACAGUCAAGGACAGAGCUCCCAAACAGUCCCACUUAGUCCCGAGUUAGUCGCAGGAAAUCAAAAUAAGAGCGAGCAGGAACAGCUAGUCGAGAAGAAUCAAGUUAGGUGGAACAGAUCCUUCGAAGGGGAUGUUAAGUCACCGGCAGAAAGUUUGUUACCACCUCCUAUUCCAACGUCGAAUCGAAACGCCGUCCCUUCCAACUUUACCUUUCGCAAUCGUUGAUCCGUCUUGAAAGCUCUGAUGCGAAUGGACCAACUCGUAAUACCUGUACAAAUAUUUCACUCUAAGAGUAUUGUAACAUAUGUCCCUUGUGUAUAUAUUAUCUUAAUAAGCUUAAUAUAAGCUUAAGAUAUCCCUUCGAGGUACUUCAUUUUGUUUCUCGUUUUGACGCUUCAGGGAAUCUUAUCGCUCUUAUCCUUCUUUUUCUUUCUUUCGUUUUAUACCAAUUUCCUUUUGUUGUAUUAUCGUUUUCCUUAGUUUUUUAUUUUCUUUUUUGUUAAUUAAUGACGUUACGAAUAAAGUUUAUGAAUAUUUUGUUAAUA